CUCAGUCAGUUCCCCCCCCCUCCUCUCCUCUGCUCUGCUCUCCAGCCCUCCCUUCCCACGCCCCAGUGCGCUGUGGGAUAGUGGUACUAUAAAGUAUAUCCUCUCUCGGAGAAAGAUAAGAAGCCCGAGACAGGAGGGGGAUGAAGAUGGCGGACGCCAAGCAGAAGAGGAAUGAGCAGCUGAAGCGAUGGCUGGGCUCGGAAACGGACCAGGAGCCUCCCCUGCUGAAGAAGAAGAAGACGAAGGUGAAGUUCGACGAUGGCGCCGUGUUCCUGGCCGCCUGCUCGAGUGGCGACACCGAGGAGGUGCUCCGAAUGCUCGAGCGGGGCGCCGACAUCAACUACGCCAAUGUGGACGGUCUCACCGCCCUACACCAGGCAUGCAUAGACGACAACGUUGACAUGGUGACGUUCCUGGUGGAGCACGGAGCCAGCAUCAACCAGCCGGACAACGAGGGCUGGAUCCCCCUCCACGCCGCCGCGUCCUGCGGAUACCUAGACAUAGCAGAAUAUCUUAUAAGCCAGGGUGCUAAUGUGGGAGUGGUGAACAGUGAAGGCGAGACGCCUCUGGACAUUGCCGAAGAGGAGCCAAUGGAGGAGCUGCUGAAGAACGAGAUCAACCGACAAGGGGUGGAUAUCGAGGCGGCCCGGAAAGAGGAGGAGCGGAUCAUGCUGCGGGACGCCCGGCAGUGGCUCAACAGCGGCCAGAUUCAGGACGUCCGGCACGCCAAGUCCGGAGGAACGGCGCUCCACGUAGCCGCUGCCAAGGGAUACGUUGAGGUUUUAAAGCUUUUAAUCCAAGCAGGGUAUGAUGUAAAUAUUAAGGACUAUGACGGCUGGACUCCACUACAUGCAGCAGCACACUGGGGCAAAGAGGAGGCAUGUCGGAUACUGGUGGAGCAUCUAUGCGACAUGGACGUCAUGAAUAAAAUGGGCCAGACGGCCUUCGACGUAUCAGACGAAGACGUGCUGGGAUAUUUAGAGGAACUGCAGAAGAAACAGAAUCUGCUCUUGAGUGAGAAGAAAGACGUUAAGAAAUCUCCUUUGAUUGAAACAACAACCACUGGGGAUAACAACCAAUCACUGAAGCCGCUCAAGAGCAAAGAAACGCUGCUCCUGGAGCCGGAGAAGACGGCCCCGCGCAUCGAGACCCUGGAGCCGGAGAAGGUGGAUGAAGAAGAGGAAGGGAAGAGGGACGAAUCGAGCUGCUCCAGCGAGGAAGAGGAGGAAGAGGAUUCCGAGUCGGAGACUGAAGCAGACAAAAGCAAACCCUCAGCGUCGGUAAGCAACAGCACAACGCCCGUUCCGACCAGCAUCACCGCGACAUCGCCAACGAUCCAGACCAACCAGGUGCCGACACCCACGUCGCCGGUGAAGAAGGUCAUUCAGCCUGCUGGAAAGGUUUCCACUAAAGUGGAGGAGGAGCGGAAGGACGAGUCGCCGGCCUCCUGGCGCCUGGGUCUGAGGAAGACCGGCAGCUACGGGGCGCUGGCGGAGAUCACGGCCACGAAGGAGGCUCAGCGGGAGAAGGACACGACGGGCGUGAUGCGCUCGGCCUCCAGCCCUCGCCUCUCCUCCACCCUGGACAACAAGGACAAAGAAAAGGAAAAGGACAAGAGUACACGACUCGCCUACGUGACCCCCAACGUCCCCAGGAGACUGGCGAGUACUUCAGACAUCGACGAGAAGGAAAACAGGGACUCUACUUCUCUGAUACGCAGCGGCUCCUACACCCGGCGGCGCUGGGACGACGACCUGAAGAACAACAGCGAAGGAAGCGCCUCCACCAACCGGACCUCCAGCUAUCAGCGCAGCACGUCCCAUACACUAGCGCUAGGGCGGAGCGGCAGCACGCGGGACGUGCCGGCCAAGUCUUCGUCCACCUCCAGCUUGGACCCUAACGCCUGUAAUACUAAACCCUGGCAGCCGCCCACCUCCUACUACCAGUCUUACAGCAUUUACCGCAGCGGCUCUUUUGGCAGAAGACACGAGGACCUGAGCUCCUCGACCACGUCCUCCUCCACGACCACCACCACCUCGUCAUCCGUUACCUCGCCCACAGGCCACCGCGGCCUGCUCUCCAGCCUGGGCUCCUCCUCCACACGCACUGGCUCCACCAGUCUCACCAGCAGGUACUGGUCAGAGGAGAGAGCAGAGAGGGAGAAGGAGAAGGAGUCUGCUGCCGUUAUCCCAACUAUGAACACUGGCUCUACCACGACCACCACGUCUACCACUACCACCACCGGCAUAUCUACCACUACCACCACCGCUGGCACUGUCCCCACGUCUGAAAGACGAAGGUCAUACCUGACGCCAGUGCGAGACGAGGAGUCCGAGUCCCAGAGGAAAGCUCGCUCCAGACAGGCCCGACAGUCGAGGAGGUCCACUCAGGGCGUGACUCUGACCGACCUGCAGGAGGCCGAGAAAACGAUCGGGCGGAGUCGCCCCAUCAAGACCCGCGAGGAGGAGAAGGAGGAGCGAGAGAAGCAGGACAAAGAGAAGCAGCAGGAGGAGAAGAAGGAGACAGAGACCAAGGAGGACGACUACCGGUCAAAGUACCGCAGCUUUGAAGAGCGUUACCGGUCCUUAUCGUCCUCCUCCACCUCCGCCAUUUCCCCAGCCAGCACUGCCUCCACCCCGUCCUACUCCAGUUCCACUCUGUCCUCCAGCUCCAGUUCCCUCCACAGGCCCAACAGCCUGUCGGGGAUCACCUCCUCCUAUAGCCGCUCCUCCAGAGACACCGAAAAAGAAGCAGACAAGAAGGAGGAGGAGAAGGAGGGAGAGGACAAGUCUCAGCCUCGCUCCAUACGGGAUCGCAGGCGGCCCCGCGAGAAGCGACGCUCCACCGGGGUUUCCUUCUGGACCCAGGAUGGUGAUGAAAAUGACCCUGAGCAGCAGUCGGACUCUGAGGAGAGCAGCACCAAUAGAGAGCCACAGAGUGACAGAUUGUCCAGGAAUGAGAGCACUUCGUCCAUGGACCGCAACGACACUCUUUUCAGCCGUAGCUACGAGAGUCGAAGGCCAUACUCGAGCCGACUGGACAGAGACGACACCACAGACUAUAAAAAGCUCUAUGAGCAGAUCUUAGCCGAGAACGAGAAGUUGAAGGCCCAGUUACGCGACACGGACCUGGAGCUGGCAGACUUGAAGCUACAACUAGAGAAGGCCACACAGAGGCAGGAACGCUACGCCGACCGAUCACAGCUCGAGAUGGAGAAAAGGGUGACAAGCAGGCCCCAUUAUCAUCUGGGUGGCGGAAAGAAGAGCUCUAGAAAGGAAGAUCUCUGAGAUGGAGGAGGAACUUAAGAUGCUGCCGGACUUGAAAUCGGACAACCAGAGACUAAAGGACGAGAACGGCGCACUCAUCCGAGUCAUUAGCAAGCUUUCCAAGUAGUAAAGCCCCGCCCACCCUCACUCUUUACUCCUCCUCCUCCACCACCUGCCGCUCCAUCUUCUGCACCUCCCCCCUUUUCUCUCCCUCUCUCCUCCCCCAUGGCAGUGACUAAUGGAAUUGCACAUUUAGAUUAUUAAUUGCAGCAGACAUCAGAGACAAAGACGCCCCUCCCUCCCUCCCUCUCUCUCUCUCUCUCUCUUCUUCUUUCUCUUCAUCUUCAUCCGUUCAUCUUGAAAGAACCACUCGAGUUUACAGAGCGAAAGAAAAGAAAAAGAAAAGAAAGUGUGUGUGACAGUGUGUGUGUGUGUGUGCGUGUGUGAGCAGCAUGUGACAGCGUUGUGGGCGGCGACAAAAAAAAACGCCUGGAAACUAUUUAACCAAUGAAGCCUUAGAUGUAAAUAAUGAGGAAGAAGAGAUGAAUAAAUAAAAAAGGACAAACACUCACAUCCAUCUCCUCCUCUUCUCCUUCCUCUCUCUCUCUCUUUCUCUCUGAAGAUUACAGAUUAUAAUCCAACACCUGAUUUUUGUUUAUUUAAAAAAAAAUAAUUGUGCCACAGUCUCCUCCCCCUUCUUCCCCGUGUUGUGUGCCGUGCCACGCCUCCUUCUUUUUGUUUGCCCCGCCUCUUUCUCUUUGUCCUCCCAAACACACACUUUUUUUUUUUUUUUUUUACUCCCUGUCGCGUUUCUUCCUCCAAGAGGGAAAACAAAAAAAAGAAAAGAAAAAUCUGAAUUUUUCUGGUGGAAUUUAAGCUUUCACUGUUUGUGCAAUACGCAUUUAUCGUUAUUAUUAUAAUAAUUAUUGUUUUUUAUUUUUAACGCUUUAACGACGAGUCACGCUCCUCCCUCUUCCACUGCUCCUCCCUCUCUUCCUCCUCCUCCUCUUUUGUUUGUAGUGUAGUCGGUUUAUACUCCUGUAAUUUUUCCUCACCGUUUUUUGUUGUUUAUUUGGAUGUUUUUUGUUGUUUUAGCAGGUACUGAGUGACGCUGUAUAUACCUGUACGUACUUGUUUUGAGAGCAGCGCGCACACACGCACGUUCACACACACACACACACACACACGUGGCAUGCGUUAACGUCUGUUACUUAUUCAAAAAAAUUAAAUAUAUAUGAAUUCCAGAGGACACACGUGACAACAGAAACGGUUUUAAUUUUUUCUUUUUAAGUCGCUGUGGACACAGUGCAGGUUUAAAAAAAUCUAAAUCUUUACAUAUACGUCAUGAGAAAGAAUCGUCGCUUCACUACAUUUCACUUUUUCAUUGUAUUCUCGGACGAGUGCUGUUUAAAAUUUGACUUUUUCUUUCUUUUCUUUCUUUUUUUUUAAAAAAGCUGUCGUAUUAUAGCCGCGGUGAAAAAAAGAAAAAGAAAAAACCAAACAGAGAAUAUCUAUAUCUUAGGUAUCUAACAUUUUUGUUUUUGUUUUUAUAUACAUAUAAACAUAUAUAUAUGUGUGUAUGUAUAUAUAUAUGUAUAUAUACACAUACAUAUAUAUGUAUAAAUAAUGUCUACAUGCACUGUCAAUGCCGUGUGAGGGCUUUCGUGAUGUCAGGUUUAAGCAACAACACAAAUAAUAAAAAGAACGACACGUUUUCUGCAUUUCAGUGGCCUUUUUAAGGAGAUUUUUUAAGUUCAAAGAAAACGAGGGAAGAAGAAGAAAAAGUCACUGCAGGUGGAUUUAAAGAAACACCUUUUCUUCCUUUAUUAUUAUUAUUGUUAUUAUUCUAAUUAUUAUUUUUUUUGGAGGGUUUUUUUUUUCCCCAUCAUCUUGUAAAAUAGGUGUGUGUGGCUUCAAACAUGCAAAAGCUGUGCUGUGACUACCAACCACUGAAGAGUUCAUUAAAAAUAAACUUGUACAUUGUAAAGUUC